AUAGGAGAGGAGCUUGUAAUAGUGCCAUGAGAGGAGGAGUUGAUUUUCAUGAUGAUUCUAAUGAUAUGAGAGGAGGAGGAACUAGUGUUAGUGUUAGAGGAAGAGGAGCUAAGAGAGGAGGAGUCAGUGUCACUACGAGAAAAUAUGAUUCUACUAGUAUUAACACUAGUACAAGAGGACAUGGAGCUACAAGAAGAGGAGCUAGUGGUCCCACUAGAAUUCUAAGAGGAGGAAAUGAUAUUAAUGAUGAUUCUAAUAUUGAGAGUGGAGGAGGAGCUAGUGUUCCUGUUAGAGGAGGAAGAACUGAUGGUAUUAUCAAUACUACUGAAGAGAGAGAUUAUGUGGAAGGGAGUUGUCAAAAUAAAUGUUGUUUUCAUCCUUUCGCAAGAAAUUUUGUGAUGUGCUCUGAAUGCAACGAUUGGGUACACAGUAUUUGUGCUGGUAUACCUUACAGUAAAGCUCAAGCAGAAGAUUUUAUUUAUGUAUGCCCUCCUUGUAAAAUUUGAACAAUUUUUUUCCUUUACUAUU